AUGGACAUGCUCGAACUCUCGACCAUCGCCUUCGUAGUACCGUCUAUUGCUGCUGAGGUCAAUCUAAUGCCUGAGGCCACCCGAAGACUCAACCUGCGAACCAACUUCAAUUAUUGGCACAUCGUCCAUCCUGAGUCACCUCCGAUCGCCCGUCCCGACUUACCCACAUGCGAAAUAACUGUCGAUGUUGGUACUCGCCGAGUCCCCAAUGACGGCGGUUAG